UUUCAAAAAACAAGGAAAAAUAAAACUGUCCAACUUCCUUCUUUCUUCUUCAAUUUCCCCUAUAAAUUUUCCACUAAAGUAAUUUCAUUAUUAUGAAUAAAAAAACCUUGAUAAUAAUGGAAAAAAAGAGAAAAGUAAUGUUAGUGUUAUUCAUACUAUAUUUUGGUAUAGGAAUCAGCCAUAAACUAAGAGAAGAAGAAGAAGCAGAUCGUAUAAUAUCACUUCCUGGUCAACCUAAAGUAACAUUUCAGCAAUUUUCAGGGUAUGUAACGGUUAAUCAUGUAGCUGGAAGAUCCCUCUUUUAUUGGCUCACUGAAGCUGUAUCCAACCCUCUUUCUAAGCCAUUAGUCAUCUGGCUUAAUGGAGGGCCAGGAUGUUCGUCAGUGGCGUACGGAGCAUCGGAAGAGAUAGGGCCAUUUAAGAUAAAUAAGACAUCAUCAGGAUUGUACAUGAACAAAUUAUCUUGGAAUUUGGAUGCAAACCUUCUAUUCCUGGAAACUCCUGCUGGUGUUGGCUUCUCUUACUCCAAUACGUCGUCUGAUCUCUAUGAUACUGGUGACCGUCGCACUGCCAGGGACUCCUUGGCAUUCUUGGUCCAUUGGAUGAACCGGUUUCCACGUUACAAGCAUCGAGAAAUAUACAUAACCGGUGAGAGCUAUGCUGGACAUUACGUACCUCAGUUGGCCAGAGAAAUCCUAAGCUACAAUGCAAACUCCAAGCAUCCUCUAAAUCUCAAAGGAAUAAUGGUAGGAAAUGCUGUUACAGACAACUACUACGACAACUUGGGGACCGUGACAUACUGGUGGAGUCACGCCAUGAUUUCAGAUAAAACGUUUCAUCAACUGGUUAACACUUGUGAUUUUCACCGUGCAAAGAACUCUGACGAAUGUGAAACUUUGUAUUCGUAUGCCAUGGAUAAAGAAUUUGGAAAUAUCGAUCAAUACAACAUUUAUGCACCACCGUGCAAUAACUCUGAUGGCUCUGCUGCUGUUUCAAUCCACAGGAGCAUGAAGUUGCCUCACCGUCCACAUCAUAUUUUGAGAAAGUUAUCUGGGUAUGAUCCAUGUACCGAAAAGUAUGCUGAAAAAUACUACAAUAGGCCAGACGUGCAGAAGGCUCUCCACGCUAAUACCACUAAAAUUCCGUAUAAGUGGACUGCCUGCAGCGAAACUUUGAACAGGAACUGGAAUGACAGUGAGGCCUCGAUUCUUCCUGUUUAUCGCCAGCUGAUGGCAGCUGGUAUUAGAAUCUGGGUAUUCAGUGGAGAUGUGGAUUCAGUGGUGCCAGUAACAGCUACUAGGUAUUCUCUUGCACAGUUGAAGUUGAAAGUUAAAAUCCCAUGGUAUCCUUGGUAUGUUAAGAAACAGGUUGGAGGAUGGACAGAGGUAUACGAGGGGCUAACAUUUGCGACUGUAAGAGGAGCAGGGCACGAAGUGCCGUUGUUCAAACCAAGAGUGGCCCUUGAGCUAUUUAGAGCAUUUUUAAGAGACAAGCCUCUCAGUAAGUCUUGAUCUAACAUGGUUUAGCGUCAGCCAUAUAUUAGAAAUUAAUUGUCACCAAAAGUGGUGGUAUGAUUUCGUGACACAAUCCUUUGUAACAAACAAGAAGAAAAUUGUUUGGAUAAUAACAUGUUGGUUUACAAAA